AAUGGAAGGAGGUCACGGCGGUGCCGACAAGACGGCGUUCACCGAAUGCUUCCGGCGAUCCAUUGCUUCCCCGUUCAUCAUGCGCCUCGCCCUUUCCGCCGGAAUCGGAGGCCUUCUCUUCGGCUACGACACAGGUGUGAUUUCUGGAGCUUUGCUCUACAUUCGUGAGGACUUCCAGGAAGUUGACAAGAAAACAUGGCUUCAGGAAAACAUUGUGAGUAUGGCUGUAGCAGCAGCUAUAAUUGGUGCUGCACUAGGAGGAUGGAUGACAGACAAGUUGGGGAGAAAGAAAUCAAUUUUGAUUGCUGAUGUUUUGUUCAUUGUGGGAGCUGUUGUCAUGGCAGUUGCUCCAGCUCCAUGGGUCAUCAUUCUCGGCCGAAUCUUUGUCGGUUUGGGCGUCGGAAUGGCUUCCAUGAAUGCUCCCUUGUACAUCUCUGAAGCUUCUCCUGCUAAGAUCAGAGGAGCUCUAGUUUGCAUCAAUGGUUUCCUCAUCACUGGGGGCCAGUUCCUCUCUUACCUCAUCAACUUGGCUUUCACUAAGACGUCUUGGACAUGGCGUGGUAUGCUUGGAGUGGCUGCAGUUCCAGCUUUUGUUCAGUUCAUUUUGAUGUGUUUCCUUCCUGAGUCACCAAGAUGGCUCUACAGAGAGGGAAAAGAAGGUGAAGCUAGGCAAAUCCUUGAGAAAGUUUACCUCCCUAGUGAAAUUGACGAUGAGAUGAGUGCUAUGCAAGAAUCUGUGAGAGCUGAGAAGGAAAUGGAAGCCUCAAUGGGGAAUAGUUUCAGAGAAAAAUUUAAGAGAGCAUGGUCUACCCCGGCAAUUCGAAGAGGUCUGUACGCUGGCAUUGCAGUGCAAGUGACUCAGCAGUUUGUAGGCAUCAACACAGUCAUGUAUUACAGUCCGACCAUUGUUCAAUUUGCCGGUAUUGCUUCCAACUCCACGGCUCUUGCACUGUCCCUGAUCACUUCUGGGCUGAAUGUGGUUGGCACCAUCAUAAGCAUGCUUUUGAUUGAUCGAUUUGGGAGGCGAAAAUUGAUGCUCGUGUCCCUCAUUGGGAUCAUCGUGUGUCUUGUGAUUCUAAGUGGCACAUUCUUUCAGGCUGCAAAGCAUGCUCCUGGUAUAAGCAACGUGGACACCCUCAGCUUUGGAGGGAACUCUUCAUGCUCAGCAUAUACAAAGGCCUCAGAUUUUACUUCAUGGAACUGCAUGACUUGUUUGAAAGUACAAUGUGCCUACUGUGCUAAUGGAGAUAAUGAAUUCUUGCCGGGGGCAUGUUUGGCUUCAGACAAGGCUGUUCGAGCAACAUGUCGUGGACAGCACCGAGUAUGGUUUUCCGAGGGCUGUCCGAGCAGAAUCGGUGUCCUAGCCGUUCUAAUCCUAGGAUUAUACAUCCUGGCAUAUGCUCCCGGAAUGGGAACCGUUCCUUGGGUUCUGAACUCUGAGAUAUAUCCAUUGAGAUUCAGAGGAGCAGGAGGAGGCAUAGCUGCAGUUGCAAACUGGGCUGCAAAUCUUAUAGUGAGCCAAUCAUUCUUGAGCAUGAUUGAGGCUCUCGGCACCUCAGGCACAUUCCUCUUGUUUGCUGGCUUCUCCUUGGUUGGACUUGUGGUUAUGUACAUCUUAGUGCCUGAAACCAAAGGUCUUCAGUUCGAGGAGGUCGAGGAAUUGCUUACCAAAGGAUUCAGACCAUUCCCAUUUGACAGGAAGAACAAGAAUGAGAAUGGAAACUCUGUUUCAAAACGUGUUUCUGCAUUAACUGUUUGA